UUCUCUAUUUAUUCAAUCUUUGUUAAACUUAAUUUUAAGAUUCUCUAAUCAUUCUGCUUAUGAUCUAUCUGGUUUCACAAUCGUUAGUAGUAGUACGAACCUGAUCAUGUAAUUUCUACUGAAUUUUAAUCGUUAGUAAUGAAUUUGUCAGUUAAGUUGAAUAUACAAUAAAUUUGUGUUUUUACGCAGUCUUAAGGAAAAGCCACGAAGAAAAUAUAUUAUUUCAUAACUUAUCAGCGUAACUAUAUAUAUUUUAAUUUAUUGGUUUCGAUGUAUGAAAUUUGAACAAAGAAUGUAAGUGAUCUUUUUGUUCAACAAUGCUAAUUCAAAAACAUAAAAUCAGUGCUAUGACUGUGCUAUAUGCUGCAUUAUUUGCAUUUUGCUGAGAACUAUAAUAUAGACUGAUAUUGCUCAUGAAAACGGGACUUUUUUCAUGAGCUAUAGUUGAUUUUUAAUGCAUCGAGUUUAUCCUUAACUCCCCGUUGUGAAAUUACUCGUAAUGGGAAUAGGAAAAUAUGUAAAAAAGAGGAGCUAAAAACAAUCACGAUCUGCGCACUUUGUAGAAGUGUAGGGAUGUUUCAACUAUUAUAAUCAGGCCUGCACAUGCAUGUUAUGGCUUAAAAGCAUGGAGCUGGACAGUGAGAGCAGGUCCCUACCCCUAGGCAAUGAUGCACACAAGUUUUCUGCCCAGGCUUCAUCUAGUUGUCUUGUACCUUUCUAUCUAUUAAGCAAAAAACCAAGGGUUAUUACACGAAAUGCUUCGUUCUGCAAAAGUGAAGGACUCUAAAUCUACUUGGAAGGUGCUAAUCAUGGACAAACUCACGGUUAAGGUAAUGUCUUACUCUUGCAAGAUGGGUGACAUCACAGCAGAAGGAGUUUCAUUGGUAGAAGACAUAUACAGACGCAGGCAGCCAUUGCCAUCAAUGGAUGCUAUAUACUUCAUUCAACCAACCAAAGAGAAUGUUAUUAUGUUCUUGUCAGACAUGGCUGGAAGGACUCCCUUAUACAGAAAGGCAUUUGUUUACUUCAGUUCGCCUAUCUCAAGAGAAUUGGUUGCUCACAUCAAGAAGGAUUCAACUGUCUUGCCUCGCAUAGGUGCAUUGAGUGAGAUGAACUUGGAGUACUUUGCAAUUGACAACCAGGGUUUCAUCACUGAUAAUGGUAAGGCUCUUGAAGACCUUUUUGGUGAUGAGGAAAAUACUCGCAAAGCUGAUGCAUGUUUGAAUGUGAUGGCUAACCGCAUUGCUACAGUAUUUGCUUCAUUAAGGGAGUUUCCUUUUGUGCGCUACCGAGCUGCCAAGUCUCUCGAUCCAAUGACCAUGACUACUUUCCGUGAUCUAAUUCCUACCAAGCUUGCAGCUGGAAUCUGGAAUUGUCUUGUAAAAUGUAAAUCAAUUCCCAACUUUCCUCAGCAGGAAACAUGCGAGUUGCUCGUCCUUGAUCGAUCUAUAGAUCAGAUUGCUCCUGUCAUACAUGAGUGGACUUAUGAUGCCAUGUGCCAUGAUCUACUGAACAUGGAGGGGAAUAAAUAUGUACAUGAGGUUCCAAGCAAAACAGGAGGCCCUCCUGAGAAAAAGGAGGUUCUUUUGGAGGAGCAUGAUCCAAUAUGGCUUGAGCUUCGACACGCACAUAUAGGAGAUGCUAAUUUAAGGUUGCAUGAGAAGAUGACCAAUUUUGUAUCAAAGAAUAAAGCUGCACAACAUCAACAUGGUUCAAGAGAUGUUGGUGAAAUUUCUACAAGGGAUUUGCAAAAAAUGGUUCAAGCAUUGCCACAAUACAGUGAACAAAUUGAGAAGCUCUCCCUUCAUGUAGAGAUUGCUGGAAAAAUCAACAGAAUCAUCACAGAGCAAGGGCUAAAAGAACUUGGGCAACUGGAGCAAGAUCUUGUUUUUGGUGAUGCUGGAAUGAAAGAUGUAAUUAAAUUUCUUACUACAAAUGAGGCAGUAUCUCAUGAAAAUAAGUUGCGGUUGAUGAUGAUUCUUGCAGCCAUUUACCCUGAGAAGUUUGAGGGUGAAAAGGGUCUUAGUUUGAUGAAGCUAGCAAAAUUAUCAAGCGAAGAUGCAAAUGCUGUGAAUAAUAUGAGUUUGCUUGCACCAUUAUCAGAGUCCAAAAAAGGUUCAGCCAGUUCCUUUUCUUUGAAGUUUGAUAUUCACAAGAAGAAGCGUGCAGCUAGGAAAGACCGAUGUAGCGAGCAAGAAACAUGGCAAUUAUCACGCUUUUACCCUAUAAUAGAGGAGCUUGUCGAAAAACUUAGCUUGGGAGAACUAUCGAAGGAUGAUUAUCCUUGUAUGAAUGAUCCUAGUCCAAGUUUCCAUGGCUCAUCUCCAGCUGCUGCAUCCAUACAUGAAGCUCCAGUUGCUCAUUCCAUGAGAUCAAGGAGGACGCCAACAUGGGCUCGGCCUCGUGGUUCAGACGAUGGGUAUUCAAGUGAUUCUGUACUAAGACAUACAUCGAGUGAUUUGAAAAAGAGGGGCAAACGCAUUUUUGUGUUUAUAGCUGGUGGAGCUACAAGAUCUGAGCUAAGAGUCUGUCACAAGCUCACCGGAAAGUUGAACAGGGAAGUUGUUUUAGGCUCAACCAGUAUUGAUGAUCCUCAACAGUUCAUCACGAAACUGAAGCAGUUGACUCCAAGUGAAAUCUCAUUGGAUGAUCUGCAGAUAUGAUCCUGGUGGAGUAGGAAGCAAGGAAUUGUGCAUUUUGCUGCAUCCUGGUAAAAUCAUAGAUGCGUCGUUUCAUUAUAUAGCCAUUUUUUAACAUUCAAAGGAAAUUGUCCGCUUCUUGGCCGAUGUCACAGUUUUUUACUUCGUUCUUCUUUCUGGUGGGUGUAUUGUAAUUAAUUUGCCGGAAGCCACCAAAUAUCCCCCCAUGUAUAAUAUUACUGUUAGUUAUAGGAAAUAACUCGCUGGAUUUUAAAUAAUAAAAGCCUAACCCCAUAUUCUUAACACAA